AUGGUUGCAAGCACGUUAAGAAGGACUUGGUCGAUUGUGCGGCCAAGAAGGGAUCUGGAACCGCCACUUGCCCCGACGGAGCUCCCAAGGAACAGAAACACACUGCAGAAGGCGAUUGCGGAGAACACUGAUACCACGGAGUCACAAAUGAGCAAGAGUUCCUCUCCAUACCCGAGUCAAAGACCAAGGGAACGACAACUUUUUGAGAACUCCCAAGCUACGCAACACUUCCACAUUUUCGCCUUUGCGCAAUUGUCAUCGACCUCCUGCCGCACGCAUGCACAUCCGAUCGCCGACUUCAAAACAUCGAGGCAUAUUGGGCGGUGA